AUGGGUUUCAUGUUCUUUUGGUGCUUGGUGCAGCAGCUGUUCCGCCUGAUCGGCGGCCUGGCCGGCCGCAGCGCAGAGUGCGUGUCCAGGGGGCUGGCCGGCGGCGGCGGCGGCGGGCCCGGCGGCGCCGGCGGCGGCGGCGCCCUGGUGACGUAUGACGUCAUUCCGAUGUCGCCGCGCCUGGGGCUGCUGGAGUUUGUAGAGGGCACGACCCCGCUGGAGGCGGCCAUCAACGCCGGCCUCUCCGCCAAAGACGCCCCCAAAAAGGCCCUCGAGAGCGCCCGCGACGACUUUGCCGCCAAGAUAGCAUCCUUCGCAAGACGCCACGCAAAAGAGGCCGCCGCCGCAGCAGCAGCAGCCAAGAAGACGCAGGGUUCAGCGAAGGGCGCGGCCGCGCAGCUGCCGCCGGAUAAUCCGCACGUCACCGCGUUCGCCGCGCCGCGCGCCGAGGCGCUGCCCGUGCCGGAGCUGGUGCCCUUCCGCCUCACCCGCCAGCUGCAGGGCCUGUUCCUGCCCCACGCCCCCUGCGACGCGCUGCACCCCCUGCUGGCCGCGCUGCUGGAGAGCAUGCGGCAGGAGGCGCAGGUCCUGUCCAGCGCCCUGGCCGUGUUCACAGCAGAGCCCCUGCUGGACUGGGUCAAGGAGGCGCAGUCCAUCGCGGCGCUGAGGGCGGCGGUGGAGGGCGGCGCGAGGGGCGGCGGCGGCGGCGGCGGGAGGGAGCGGGAGGAGCGGCUGCUGCAGAUGAAGAUUGAGCACGCCGGGCGCCGCCUCGCCUGCGAGGGCCCCGUGUCCAUCAUCCUGGAGGGCGCGAGCCUGAGGCAGGGCCACAGCCCGCAGUGGGGCAACAUAGAGGCCGCCGUGAAGGGCAGGAGGGGCGUGGACGCCCGCGCCGACCUGCCAGCUUCCGGACCCCUGCCCGGCGGCGCGUCGUCCUGCGCCGCCGUGCUGCUGGAGCUGGCGGCAGAUGAGGGCCUGCUGGCGCGGACGUACGCCGGCUGGCAGCCGUACGCGUGA